AUGGAUUGGCGAGAAGCGCAGGCAAUGCUCCGCAAGGUUCUGCUCCAAGCGACGGAGAAGGGUGGAGAGAAGUGGAAAGUGCAGUAUGUCUCGGCCUUGCUGCGGUGUCUCCGCGACGGUAUGCUGGAAUUACCGGCGAAGCUGCAGGAGCUUGGUUGUAGCGCCCAGUGUGCCGUCGAUCUGCAGACGAAGCUGCGUAGGGAGGUGAGUGUGGCUUGCCGAGAAUUCCUGCAGACCGUAGCGUAUGAGCUGCUGGAUCUGCACGAAUUGGUCGCAUCAGCUCCGAAAUGGAUGCUCUGGGAACUGCUCGAUCCCCCAAGCUUGGUGAGAUUGCCAAACGACUUUGCUUGCCUGGAGAUUGUGUUAAAGGACCCGAAGCAGUGGCACUGUGGCUUUGGCUCAAGCUUUCUACAAAGGCUUCGCUGGCUGAAGGCCUUGCAGCCGCAUGAACCAGAGGUACAGGCACAGCAUUGCUAUCAGAGGCUCGUGGACAUCUUCCUGGCUUCCCUCGCAGCUGCUUUUGCCCAAGGCCACAAGCUAAGAAGAAGGAUGAAGCCUGAAGAACAGCUACUCCAAGAGGUGCGGCAACUCCUCACUGAGGGGGAGCUCCCUGAGAAUCUGAAGGCGACACUUCUCACGGUGCCUUCUCAGAGCGCUCCUAGAAAAAACCCCAGUUCUGGCUCUGAAGGCUCGAGGAGAAGAGAAAAUCGCCCGGACUUGUCUUGCUUCCCGGCUCUUGAGAUGCCCUCAAGUGCCUCUUGCACUUGGGUUGACACCACUGAAGCGUGGGGCAGAGCGCUUCCGAGGCUCUCCAAGGCCGUCGUUGCUGCUAUUGAUACAGAGUGGGGGGAGAUUGGCAAGGGCCCAGUGCUGGUGCAAAUCGCGGUGGGCGACGGCCUUGAAGCUGCCGAGUGCUUUUUGAUCGAUACUCUCCUGGGACCGCCUGCUCUGGCUGUUUGCUUGCUCCGAUGGUUGCACACAUCCGGUUUGCAGCUUCUCGGCUGGUCCUUCAAGGAAGACAGGAAGCGUUUCGCAGAGUUGGAUCAUUGGGUGAGGGCCACCCUUCCUGCAGAAGAGGACAGCUUGGAGCGAGACAUGGUGCCGGAGGCCAUGAGGGUCGACGACUUGCAGUUCACGCUUCAAAAGCUGAUGAAGGCGACGGAUCAGCCCUCGCUCUCUUCCGCUGCGGCUCAUUUGCUCGGCAGUCGACUGGACAAGACCGAGCAGUGCAGCGACUGGUGCUGCAGGCCACUGGGCCAAGCCCAGCAAGCUUACGCUGCUUUGGACGCGGCUGUCCUGCUUGAGAUGCACAGGGAGCUGCAGCGACGAGGCCUUGAGAACUGA